UUUGAGGUCAGUUAAUGUCAUUAAGUGAGGACACGCCCUUGCGGCUACUACUAUCUAUUACUUAGGUUUCUAGCCCUGCCACUUGUAUUCAGUUCUGUUCUAGCCUUGGUACAGUACAGUACGGAAAGCUACUCGUACGUAGCACGUUGUCUACUCGGUCCACAGACUACACAUUUCACAUUGGCGACGAGGUGAACUAUGGCUACGAACAGGGACUCAGAGCGCCGACCUAUCGAAACUCUCGAUAUCACAGGCCCCGCACACAUUGUUGCAGAACGAUGGCGGAAGUGGAAGAGGAGCUUCCAAUAUUACAUAGAAGGUCAAGGCAUCACCGAUCACUCUCGUCAACGCAGUCUCCUGUUACACUACGCAGGUACAGCUGUGCAGGACAUACACGAGAGCCUCACAGAAGCCGCAGUUGCAGACGAUAAUACGGCAUUUUCUCGUACUGUGGAUGCCCUUGACACAUAUUUCCAGUGCGCGCCCAACACGCCCUACGAGCGCCAUACCUUUCGUCAGAUGAGACAGAACGAUGAUGAGUCAGUAGACCAGUUUGCGUCCCGUCUCCGCAUGCAGGCAAAACACUGCAAUUUUCAAGAUGAAGACGACCAACUUCGAGAUCAGCUGAUCGAACACAUCCGUGAUGCUCGACUCCGCCGCAAAUUACUUGAAACUGUCGAUAUACAACUGCGAGACGUCUUGAAGACAGCACGUGUUUGGGAGUCAGUUGACCAACAAGCAAGAGGAAUGCAGCACGCUCUCACACCUGCCGCCGUAACCAAUGCCAGUGGAAAAAAGCCAGACGACAUUGCAGCUGUCCGAUACCGCAGACAAUUGCCAAAAGGUCAAACAAAAACCCACAGCGACGCCCCAGCAUGCACACAUUGUGGUCGAUCAGGACACUAUGCACGCUCUGAAGCUUGUCCAGCACGUGGGAAGACUUGUAACAAGUGUCACAAGCGCAACCACUUUGCGUCACAGUGCCGCAGUCAAGGAGUUUCCGCGUCAUCUUCGGGCUCACCGCAACGUCGCGGUACCAACCACGCCUCCGACCGCAGACAGAAACACAGACCACCUGCUCGCCGCAGUGACCGCGCUCAUCAAGUCACCGCAUCUUCCCAACCGGAUUCUGGAGAAGAUGAGGAUGAGUCAUUCGCCUUUACGAUUGGUGAUUACGACGGCCAAAUGUCAAAGCAGCUGUCAACUUCAACACCAACAACCAUGAUUAGUUUGAACGGCGUUACCACACAAGCACUAAUCGACUCUGGAGCUUCUUGCAAUAUUAUGGGUGACGAUCUCUUUCACAAACUCUGUUCACAAGGCCUGAACGUAACGCUACGAGUAACGAGCAAGACGCUGUACGCUUACGCCUCACGUCAACCACUUGACGUCGUUGGUCAGUUCACGGCCAACGCUACGAUACACGGAAGAACAACGCCCACCGAAUUUGUGGUAAUUCGGUCGAAGGGGCAGCUUCUCCUCGGCAGGAAAUCAGCUCAACAGUUUGGAGUACUGCGGUUGAAACCUGAGCGACCGCACACCGCACACACGGUCAACACGUCUGGUGACCAGUUCCGGGUCGACAUCGAACAGCGAUACCCGCAGCUCUUUCACGGUGUCGGCAAGUUGGAUGGCUACCAAGCGCAUAUUCACAUUGAUCCGCGGGUCAGACCAGUCGCACAAAAGCCACGACGGAUUCCUUUCGCACUUAGAAAGCCUGUUUCGGACAGAUUGGAAGAACUCCUUACGAAGGACAUUAUCGAGAAAGUCGACGGUCCUACGUCAUGGGUUAGUCCAGUUGUCGUCGCGCCGAAGGCGUCCGGAGAAAUACGCCUAUGUGUUGACAUGCGCCGUGCGAACGAGGCAAUUAUCCGUGAACGUUACCCAAUUCCAACGGUUGAUGAAAUUCUACAAGCACUGAACGGCAGCACUGUCUUUUCAAAGCUUGAUCUUCGAUGGGGAUUUCACCAGGUCGAGCUUGACGAGGCGUCACGUGAUAUCACUACAUUCGCUGUCAACGACGGUCUCUACCGCUACAAACGCAUGAUGUUUGGCAUCACAUCGGCGCCAGAGAAGUACCAACACAUUGUCAGCCAACUUUUGACCGAUUGUCCGGGUGCACUGAAUAUUGCGGACGAUCUCAUUGUCUACGGGCCAGACCAAGGGACACAUGACGCUAACCUGUUCCGAGUACUCGAUCGCCUUCGAGAAUGUGGUCUCACCCUCAACCUACAGAAGUGUUGGUUUCGCAGAACUAAAGUCGAGUUUUAUGGCCUACAGCUGUCAGGACAGGGAGUAGAGCCAUCCAAGGACAAAAUUCAGGCAAUCAUCGAUGCACCACGCCCAAGUACCGCAGCAGAACUACGCAGCUUUCUUGGAAUCGUGGGAUUCAGCGCUCGAUUCCUACCCGACCUCUCCACGACUGCAGAGCCUCUACGCCGAAUCACACACAGAAACAAUUCUUUCACGUGGACCGACGAGCAAGAGCGAGCUUUCACGAAACUAAAGAAACAGCUUGCUAAAGCCACCGCACUCGCGUACUUCGACCACACUGCACGUACACAGGUCAUCGCAGACGCCAGCCCUGUUGGUCUCGGAGCAGUUCUCGUACAACAACAACCUAACGGUUCGUCUCGUGCAAUCUGCUAUGCCAGCCGCACGCUCACCAGUGUCGAACGCCGCUACAGUCAGACGGAGAAGGAAGCUUUAGGUCUUGUUUGGGCUUGUGAACGUUUUCACCAGUACCUGUACGGCACAACUUUUGACCUUGUCACCGAUCACAAACCUCUCCAAGUGAUAUACUCUCAAUCGUCAAAGCCAUCUGCACGCAUCGAACGAUGGGUUCUUCGACUCCAGGCGUACACUUUCAAAGUAAAGUACGUCACCGGACCAAACAACAUUGCUGACGCCUUGUCACGUUUACCGACCACCAGGAUCGACAACGCAGUGGACACAGGUGAUACUGAAGAGUCAGUCCACAUAGUUACGCAGUGUACCGCUCCGUGUGCUAUAGCAAUAAAGGACAUUGAAACCGCUUCAGCUAGUGAUGAUGAGCUACAGACCAUCCGCCGAUGCAUAAGCACCAACGACUGGACACAUCUCCCUCACAAGUUCAUGCCGGUUCGCCACGAACUUACAGCUAUCGGUCAAGUCGUUCUUCGCGGUACCAGGAUAGUACCUCCUUCAUGCUACCGUGACCGCAUCCUGGAGUUAGCGCUCAUGAAGGCCAUCAAGGAAUAG